AUGAAUUUUUUUUCUAGUGAAUCUAAUAAUACAUUAGCAAAUGCUCAUAAGAAAACAGAAAUUAACAAAAUAGAUUUUCAAACAAAUUUUAAUUUCUCUUUUGAUGAAAAUUUACAUGAAAAUAAAUAUGCCACAAAAAAUUAUAAUGAAGGUGAAAAUAUUUUUUUAGAUUUUGAGGAGGUUGAAGCAAAUAAUUUUAAUAAUUUAAAAAAAAAAAAUUUUAAUAUAGAUGAAAAAAAAAGUAGUUCAUUAACACUUGAAAAAAUUAGUAGCAAAAAAGAUUUUAUAUCAAAUAAUAAUUUAAUGAAUAUAAAUAAAAAGGAAGAUAUAAAUUUUGAAGAGUUUGAUGAAACUAAUGAUGAUUUUUUUAAAAUAGAUCAUGAGAAUUUUUUCAAUUAUAAUUUUACUAACUCUUAUAAUACAAAAAAAAAAAAUGAAGAAGACAAUUCUAAAAUAUCUAAUGAUAAUAAAAUGUAUAAUAUAACAAAUGAAGAAAAUAAUUUAAGUUCAUUAAAUGAUUUGUGUAUGGUAUCUGAAUAUAUGUUUGGGAAAAAUUAUGAAAACAAUUUAAAUAAUAAUUAUUCAAAUAAAAAUCAUCUUAAUAAUUAUAAAUGUAGUAUAGGUUAUAGUGAUAAUCAAAAAAAAAUUAAAGAUGACAUAAUCUCAAAUAAUACAUUAAUGAAAAAUGAUAAUUACCAAUUAGUUCACACGAAAAAUAGUUUAAUUAGCUUAGAAAAAGAUAUGUUUGAAGAAUUUAAAUCUACCAAUAAUUUAAGAAAAAAUGAAGAAAAAAAGAAUGAAAUUUCAUUUGAAGAUAAGGAAUUACAUGAAGUAAGUAAUAUAAAAGAAGAAAGAAUAAAGGGAAUUCAAAAUGAAAGCAGUAUAUUUAUAAAUGAAAAUAUACAAAAAAAUAAAGAUAGAGAAUUAUUUGGAGAAACUUUUUUUAAAAAUAAGAUAAUAGAAAAAAUGAAAAAUGAAAUAAAAAAAGGUAAAGACGAAAAAUUAUUUGAAAGUGAUUUGCAUGAGGAAAAACAAAUUGACAAAAAAGGGAAUCACAUAGAAAAUGGUGUGAACAAAAUUAUAUUUGGAGAAUAUUUAUAUGAAAAUGAAAAAACUGAGAAUGAAAUAGUGGAAAAUAAAAUAAAACAAUAUAAAUUGUUCUCUGAAAAUAAAAACAUGGAAAAGUUAGAACAAAAAGUAGAAAGAAAUAAUGACAAAAAAUUAUUUGAGAAUGAUUUAUGUAAAAAUAAAGAAAUAGAAAAUGUAGAGCAAAAAUUAGAAAAUAAUAGUGACAAUAAGUUGUGUGAACAAAAUAUUUUUAAAAACGAACAAAUAUAUGAAGUAGAAAGUAGUGUAGAAGAAAGUGAAGAGGGAAACCAUGAAUGUGAGUAUAUAGAAAAGGAGAAUAAAAAAUUGUUUGAAAAAACAAUUUUUCAAGAUAAGAAAAUAUAUGAAGUAAAAAGUAUAGUAGGAAAAUUUGAAGAUGGAAACUACAAAAAUGAGAAUAAAGAAAAAGAUAGCAAUAAAAAAUUAUUUGAAAAAAAUUUUAUUGAAAAUAAAAAAAUAUCUGAAAUAGAAAAAAUAACAAAAAAGGGAGAAGAUAAAAAAGUAUAUGAAAAUGAUUUAUUUAAAAAUAUAGAUAUAAAAAAAGAUGAUAACAUAUUGUUUGAAAAAAUUUUUGAAAAUGAAAAAAAGUAUGACGAUGAAAGUUUAAUUGUAAAGUGUAAAGAUGGAUAUUAUGAAGAUGAUAGUACAGAAAAGGAUCUCGAUCAAAAAUUAUUUGAAAAAACAAAAUUUGAAAAUAAACAAACAUGUGAGAUAGAAAGUACAACUGAAAAAAGUGAAAACGUAUACAAUGAAAAUGAGGAUAUAAAAAAAGAUGUUAAAAAGUAUCAUCAAAGAAAUUUAUUUGAAAAUGAAAAAACAUUUGAAAUAGAAAGUAUAGAAGAAAAGAGCGAAGAAGUGUAUGAUGAAAAUAAGGAUAUAGAAAAAGAUCAUAAAAAAUUAUUUGAAAACAUUUUUAUUGAAAAUGAAAAAAUAAAUAAAAUAGAUAGCAUAACAAAAAAGGAAGAAAAUGAAAAUUUCUUCGAAAAUUGUUUAAUUGAACAUAAAGAAGUAAAAAAAUUGAAGUUUGAUAAAUCACAUAAAAUUAGAAACAUAGAUGAAAUAGACAAUAUUAUAGGAAAGAGUGAAGAUAUAAAAUUAUUUAAAAACAUUUUAUAUGAAAAUAAAGAAACAGAAGAAUUUAAGGUGAAUAAAUUAUUUAAAAAUGAAAAUUUGGAGAAAAAAAGUAUACAUUUACAUAAUAUAAAAAAUAUGAACACAUUUAUAAAUGAUAAUAAAUUGGAUUCGUUAUUAUCAUGUAUUCAUAAAAACCCUAAAAAAAAUAAAACAGUUCAUAAUAUUAAUUUGAGGAAUAUGAUAAUAAAAGAAAAAAAUUUGAGUGGUGAAUAUACAGAGAUGAAUUAUACUGACUUUUUAAAUUAUAAUGAAGGAAACAUGCAAAAAAAUUAUGAAACAUCAAAAAAUAUUAUUAAAAAUCAUUUAAAUACAAUAUCAAAGAAGCAAAAUGAAAUUUAUUUUAAUGAAAAAAGGAAAAUGCUAAAUAGGAAAAACACAUAUAUUGAUUAUAAAGAUAAUUUUAGACAUAAAAAAAUACCUAAUUUAAGAAAAAAUAAAAAUAUGCUUAUUGAUGAUAUGAAAGAUCAUAAAAAUUUUAUAGAAGAAUAUAAUGGAAUAAUUGAAAAAGAAAAAGUUCUUAAUAUAGCUAAUUGUGGAAAUAAUUUCAUGUUGGAUAAAAAAGAAGCUAAUUUCAAUUUUGAUACAACAAAAUCUAAAACUAACAUCUUAGAUGAAAUAAAGAAGAAAAAAAAAAUUAUUAAUAGAAUUCCUUUUUCUUUUGCAAAAAAAUUUGAAUAUGGAUCAAAUAGCUUAACAUAUAUAAGGGGUUUAAAAUAUUUACCACACUUAGAAUUUCGAAAAUGCAAAGAACUAAGACCAUAUCUACAUUUAUUUAAUAUUGUUCUUAAAAUAAUAUGCGUAAAUUAUAUGAACGAAAAUUUUAUGUAUAUUUUAAUGGGAGAUGAAACUGGCUGCAUUUACUUAAAGUUAAGUAUAAAAUAUAAGGAAUUUUGUCUGAAAGAGGAAACCCUUAUGUUAGUCAAUAGCUGUGUUGUAGUUGAAGAUGGUCAUAUAAUUCUAGAAAUUAAUGAAUAUAGUAACAUAUUUAUAAUAAAAUAUAAUAUUAUAAAAAAUGUUAACGAAAAUAUAAAUUUUUCUGAAAUGAAAUUUGUUACAUUAUCUUAA